AUGAAUUUAAUCAUAAUUAUUGGAGUUCCUGUGAUUUUAUCUCUUCUCCUUCAUAUCUAUAUAUCAAGCCAAGAAUUAAUCCCAGAAGCCUAUUAUACCAUUGAAGAACUUAUUAAAUCUAAGGGCUACAAUCGCACAGAUCACUAUGUAAUUACGGAAGAUGGAUAUAUACUAAAAGCAUUUCGUAUAUUCAAAAGCUCUCCAAUUGGAGCACCAAUCCUCCUUAUGCAUGGAUUAGGUGGGAAUUCUGAUUGCUUUUUAAUAAAUAUCAAUGCAAAAGCACCUGCAUUUCGACUUGUGGAUGAAGGCUUUGAUGUCUGGGUUCUUAAUAGCAGAGGAAAUACUUAUAGUAGAAAUCAUACGAGCCUUGAAAUUGAUUCAAAGGAAUUCUGAGCAUGAACUGCUUCUGAUAUUGCAACUUAUGAUAUUCCAACCUAUAUAAAAUAUAUCAAAGGCAUAACCGGAUAUAAUAAACUGGCUUAUUUAGGUCACUCUCAGGGAGCAGCACUUAUGAUUGCAUAUCUUGCUUUGAAUUCUGAUUUUUCGAAGGAUAUAUAGCUGGAGAAUGCAGCUUGACUCUUAAAAUAUAAUUUAACCCUUUCAAAUUGGAUCAACAAAGUAGCCUUUUUGACUCCUAAACACUUAUAGCAUAAUUUUCGGAUUUUAUUAAAAAGCAAAUUCUCAUAUAGCGAGUUAUAAGGAUUCUAGACCUAUAUCUGUAGUUAUAUCUAUUGCUGGGAAUGGUCCUAAAGUUACUCCAAGAUCGUAUAUGAUUAAGCUCCUUUUAUCUGAUUGUUUUUUAAAUUUUGCAGAUUGAAUUGAAAUGAAAGUAAUAAUGGAUACUCCAUCAUAUUGAUUUGCUAACACUCUUUGGUGAAAGAGCAAAAUCAUUAUUAGAAAAAUAAUUGCUGUUGAAAUUAAUCUAUGAACGAGGAAAGAUAUUUAGCGAUGAAUUUGUUCUAUAAAAUAUUUUGAUAUAUAAAUAAUGAUUAUUAUAAUGAAUUCUCGAGCUAUUUCAUUAAAUUUUAAAUAGCUCGCAUUCUAGAACAUAAGAUAUACAAAUUUGAUUUUUACUUUCAAAUUUUGAAUACUAAAAUUUUUUUGAGAAUACAUUAAUUUCCCUCUGUGAGCGAACUUUAAUAAAUUAUGCUCAUUAUGAAGGGGAAAGAAUAAGCUUAUUCAGGCUUUUCCUUUGGGUGCAUAUUAUCUUAGCCGUGACAGAUAUGAUUACACAAUUCAUAACGAUAAGCCUGAAGGCAUGGUUUAUUAUGCCUUGAAAUUUCCUGGUGGAGUGAGUAUAAACUCUCUGAGAUAUUGCAAAGCAACCCUGGAGAAAAAUAGCUUUAUCCAGCUAUAUGAUCAUGGACCUAUUAAAAAUAUGAAAUUAUAUGGAAAUGCUAUUCCCCCAAUAGCAGAUUACUCUAAAGUCAAAAGUAAAAUUGCAAUUAUUGGAGGAAAGCAUGAUCAGGUUAUACAUCCUGAUGAUACAUUUUCUCUUUAUAAAUCUUUGCCUAAAGAAAUCGUUAUUCACUAUAAAAUUUAUGAGCAUGACCAUGGAACAUUUUUGUUAUCCAAAAAUAUGGACUAUCUAGAAGACACUAUUAAAGUUCUAAAUCUUCCCCCUUUACUUAUUAAUUAAUACUUUAUUUAUCUUUAUUAAUUGGGUACUAAUUAAAAUGAAAACAUAAUAUUAUUAAAACGCUUCAAAAACCAUUCUAAAAAAUAAUUAAAAAUAUUUUUGCUUAUUAUUAAAUGGAGGAUUAAGUAAUUACUUAUAA